CAAGUAUGUGGAAACAUUUAGAGCAGAUGAGAAGAUGACACUGCAAAACUUUGGCAGACUUGUUCAAUUGGACUACAACAUGCAACCUACUAGAAGUAAGCUAGCUAGAGCAAGGAGGAUUGCACUAAAGAUAAUUCAUGGAGAUGAACUUGAGCAGUAUAAUUUACUGUGGGACUUUGCAGCUGAAAUCAGAAGAUCAAAUCCUGGCAGUACCAUGCUUGUGCAUGCAAACAAUGGAAAGUUUGAUAACUGCUACAUGUCCUUAGAUGCAUGCAAAAGGGGUUUUCUGCUAGCUUGUAGGCCCAUUAUAUGCAUUGAUGGGUGUCACAUUAAGAACAAGUAUGGUGGAGUGAUGCUGACAGCUGUUGGAGUUGAUCCUAACGAUUGUAUCUUUCCCAUUGCAAUUGCCAUAGUAGAAGUGGAAGAUACUGUCACAUGGAAGUGGUUUUUGAACACAUUGAAGGAGGAUCUGAACAUACAAAACACAGCACCAUGGACAUUGAUGAGUGAUAGGCAGAAGGGCUUGAUCAAUGCUGUCAAUGCAAUGUUUCCUGAUGCACAACAUAGAUUUUGUGUGAGGCAUCUGCAUCAAAACUUUGCAAAAAACUGGAAAGGUGAUGUAUUCAAGAAUAAAUUGUGGCAAAUUGCAAGAGCUACACAUGAGGCAGACUGGAAGAAGUACAUGCAAGAGAUGAAAGAGUUGGACCAGGGGGCCUAUGAGUACUUGGAUGCAAUUGACCCAAGGCAGUGGUGCAAGGCCUAUUUCCAUGAACUCCCAAAGUGUGAUUUGCUUCUUAACAACAGCUGUGAAGUGUUCAACAAGUAUAUACUUGAUGCCAGAGAAAUGCCUAUAGUUACUUGUCUUAAGAAGAUCAAGGACCAAUUAAUGACUAGGUUUUAUAGCAAGAAUCUGGAAUCUGAGGAGAUGUGUGGUCAAAUUUGUCCAAAAAUUAGAAAAAAACUGGACAAAAAUAUUAACAUGUCCAACAACUGCACUGCAUUACCAGCUGGACAACACAUAUUUCAUGUUAAAGGCAUGGUUUGGGAGUAUGAUGUGAACAUACAGAAGGAGGAGUGUUCUUGUAGGGCAUGGCAGCUCUCUGGAAUUCCAUGUAGACAUGGAGUUGCAUGUUUAAGACAUGAAAGAAUUAAACCAGAGGAUGUUGUCAACAAGUGCUACAUCAUAGAUGCUUUCAGAGCUGCUUAUGGCAAGAUCAUAAUGCCAUGUAGUGAUCCUAGAGUGUGGCCUAAAACUAAUGGGCCUCAAAUGCUGCCACCACACUAUGAGAAGAAAGUUGGUAGGCCUGGAAAGAAGAGAAAGAAGAACCCACUAGAGGAGGACAAUGGAACUAGGAUGAGCAGACAUGGCAUUAUUGGACACUGCAGUGUGUGCAAUCAACCAGGACACAACAAAAGAAAGUGCCCUGAACUAGGUAGAGGACAACCAACAGCAGCACAUGAGGCAUGA